UUUUUCCUUCUCCCCCCUCCCUUCCCCCCCGCCCCUGCCCAGAACCGCCGCGUUCGUCGCACGGGUGGUGGCGGCGGGGGGAGCCGCCCCGCGGGGCCGCCUCUGCCCCUUCCCCGCCGCGCUUUUAAUGGAAACAUGGCGAUGGCGGCUCCGACCGGCAGCGCUGCGCCCGUCGCCCCGGCGCUCUGCGGCCACCUGGCCCUGCUGCUGCUACUCGCCGCCCCCGCCGCGCACGGCUACAGCUUCCCCCAGCAGCACACUAUGCAGUACUGGGCCAGAAGGCUGGAGCAGGAGAUUGAUGGCGUGAUGAGGAUAUUUGGUGGCGUCCAGCAGCUCAGAGGGAUCUACAAUGAGAAUAGAAACCUGUUUGAAGUCAAGGAGAACGUGCCCAGAAAAUUAGUGGAGAAGGUUGCAGGGGACAUUGAAAGCCUGCUGGCCAAGAAAGUCCGUGCAUUAAAGAGGCUGGCAAAUGCAGCAGAGAAGUUCCAGAAGGCCCAUCACUGGCAGGACAACAUCCGGGAGGAAGACAUCGAGUACUACGACUCCAAGGCAGACACGGAAUUCGUGAGUGCUGUGAGUACUGAUGAUCCCGAUGGGGAAGAAAUCGAGCGGGAGAAGUCCAACUCCCUGAAGCUGGAGUUCACCGAUGAUGCCAACUUCAAGACCAAGGUUAACUACUCAUAUGCUGCCGUGCAGAUCCCCACUGACAUCUACAAAGGCUCCACCGUGAUCCUCAACGAGCUGAACUGGACGCAGGCACUGGAGGACGUUUUCAUUGAGAACCGCAAGGAAGACCCCUCCCUGCUCUGGCAGGUCUUUGGCAGCGCCACCGGCGUCACCCGCUACUACCCUGCCACCCCAUGGAGAGCACCCAAUAAGAUCGACCUGUACGACGUGCGCAGACGGCCCUGGUACAUCCAGGGUGCUUCAUCCCCAAAGGACAUGGUCAUCAUCGUGGAUGUGAGCGGCAGUGUGAGCGGCCUCACCCUCAAGCUGAUGAAGACCUCGGUCCACGAGAUGCUGGACACGCUCUCGGAUGAUGACUACGUCAACGUGGCCUCAUUCAACGAAAAGGCAAAGCCGGUGUCAUGCUUCAAGCAUCUGGUGCAGGCCAACAUCCGCAACAAGAAGGUCUUCAAGGAGGAUGUGCAGGGCAUGGUGGCCAAGGGCACGACUGACUACAAGGCUGGCUUCGAGUAUGCCUUCGACCAGCUGCAGAAUUCCAACAUCACGCGUGCCAACUGCAACAAGAUGAUCAUGAUGUUCACGGACGGUGGUGAGGACCGGGUGCAGGAUGUCUUUGAGAAGUACAACUGGCCCAAUAAGACGGUUCGUGUCUUUACCUUCUCUGUGGGGCAGCACAACUAUGACGUGACCCCGCUGCAGUGGAUGGCAUGCGCCAACAAAGGUUACUACUUUGAAAUCCCCUCUAUUGGUGCCAUCCGCAUCAACACACAGGAGUACCUGGAUGUGCUGGGCAGGCCCAUGGUGCUGGCUGGGAACCGUGCCAAGCAGGUGCAGUGGACCAACGUCUACCAGGAUGCUCUGGGGCUGGGGCUGGUGGUGACGGGCACGCUGCCUGUGUUCAACCUGACAGAGGACAACAGUGACAGGAAGAACCAGCUCAUCCUGGGCGUGAUGGGGAUCGAUGUGGCGCUGAACGACAUCAAGAAGCUGACACCACGAUACAAUCUGGGAGCCAAUGGCUACGUCUUCGCCAUUGACUUGAAUGGCUACGUGCUGCUGCACCCCAACCUGCAGCCCCAGAUCAUCAAUUUCCGUGAGCCAGUGACGCUGGACUUCCUGGACGCCGAGCUGGAGGAUGAGAACAAGGAGGAGAUCCGGAGAAGCAUGAUUGAUGGGAAUGAUGGGCAGAGGUUCAUCAAGACACUCAUCAAGUCGUUGGAUGAGCAAUACAUCGAUGAGGUGUUCAGGACCUACACGUGGGCUCCCAUCAAAAGCACCAACUACAGCCUGGGGCUGGUCCUGCCCCCCUACAGCACCUACUACAUCCAGGCCAACCUCAGUGACCAGAUCCUGCAAGUGAAGUUACCAAACAUCAAAAUGAAGGAUUUUGAAUACCUGCUGCCCAACAGCUUUGAGUCGGAGGGACAUGUGUUCAUUGCUCCCAGAGAGUAUUGCAAAGACCUCGACUUGUCAGAUAACAACACCGAGUUCCUGGAGAACUUUAUUGCCCUCAUGGAAAAGGUGACCCCAGACUCCAAGCAGUGUGACAAUUUCCUCCUGCACAACCUAAUCCUGGACACAGGCAUCACACAGCAGCUGGUGGAGCGCGUCUGGAAGGACCAGGACCUCAACACGUACAGUCUCCUGGCUGUCUUCGCAGCCACAGAUGGUGGCAUCACCCGUGUCUUCCCAAACAAAGCUGCAGAUGACUGGGAGGAGGAGCCGGAGCCCUUCAAUGCCAGCUUCUACCGCAGGAGCCUGGAUAACAAGGGCUACAUAUUCAAACCACCCUACAGGGAUGAUGGCUACCAGGGGCUGGAUUUGGAGAACAACACCAUUGGGAUCCUGGUGAGCACCGCUGUGGAGCUCAGCAUCGGGGGCAAGACACUGAAGCCAGCAGUGGUUGGGGUGAAGCUGGACCUGGAGGCCUGGGCGGAGAAGUUCAAGGUUCUGGCAAGCAACCGGACAGACCGUGACCAGCUGGGCUCCCGGCGGUGUGACCCCUCGAGCAGCUGUGAGAUGGACUGCGAGGCCAACAACAAGGACCUCAUCUGCGUCCUCAUCGAUGACGGUGGCUUCCUGGUGCUCUCCAACCAGGAGGAUCACUGGUACCAGGUGGGCAAGUUCUUCAGCGAGGUGGACGCCAACCUGAUGUCUGCCCUCUACAACAACUCCUUCUAUGCCCGCAAAGAGUCCUAUGACUUCCAGUCUGUCUGUGCCCCUGAGGCCCAGAGCAACACGGGUGCUGCACCACGUGGUGUCUUUGUGCCCACCGUGGCCGACCUGCUGAACCUGGCCUGGUGGACCUCGGCGGCAGCCUGGUCCCUCUUCCAGCAGUUCCUCUACAGCCUCACCUACAGCAGCUGGUUCCAGACAGAGGACGUCAUGGCAGAAGGCAUGGAGGCGAGGGAGACGAGUUGCAUCAUGAAGCAGACGCAGUACUACUUCAGCACCGUCAACGCCACUUACAACGCCAUCAUCGACUGCGGGAACUGCUCCAGGCUGUUCCAUGCGCAGAGGCUGGCCAACACCAACCUGCUCUUCGUGGUGGCCGACAAGCCCCUGUGCAGCCAAUGCGAGUCCGUCAAGCUGCUGCAGGCUGAGGUCAGGGCUCCCCCGAGAGACCCGAACCAGUGUGAGCUGGUGGACAGGCCCCGCUACCGGAAAGGCCCCCACAUCUGCUUUGACUACAAUGCAACAGAAGAUACCUCAGACUGCGGCCGAGGGGCAUCCUUCACCCCCUCCCUCGGGGUCCUGCUCUCCCUGCAGUUGCUGCUCCUCUACGCCAGCACCAGCCGGCACCCGCUGCCCCCGGCCGCCUGCCUUUAACCCACGCCCGCCGCCCUCCUGUUCUCUCAGCCUCCAUCUCCAUUCCCUUUCCAAGGCCCGGUGGGAUGGGAGCAACCCCCCCACAGCCCCACGGCCUCGGGGCCGCGCUCCCCACGGCCACAUCCAAAGAAGAGCUGGGGUGUGGGCAGGGGCCCCCCCAGCCGGGACGGCGUCCGCCCCCCCCCCGGCCACUUGGACUCCAAAAGCCCCCCCUGUCUGCCCCCCACCGCUGCAGCCCCCCCCCCCCCCCUCGCCUAUUUUUUUAGCCUCAAGAUUUUAAACCAGAUCUUUCUACAUCUAGUUCAGCCUGGAGAACGAUGGUGCGUGUUGUCAGUGACAAAGACACGUGGGCUAAAAGGGGAAAAAAAUUACACACAAAAAAAAAAAAAAAGGGAAGAGAAGUUGGCCUGCCUGUCCUGCUCAGUAUGGUCACGGGGAUGCCGGCCCCCAGGGUGCAGGAGGACAGUGGUUGCAGUGUCCCUGCGGCACGGGGCUCGGUGCGGGGAGCCAGGUGUCGCCUUCACCAGGACAGGACCAAGCCCAUGGUCCCCACCCUCAGCUCAUCCGCUCUCAUGCGUGUGUCUUGGGCACAGAUAUUGGGGUGAAAAGGAGGGAAAAAAAAAAAAAAAAAGACAAAAAUCGUAUUUUUUUUUCUUUUCUGUUCUGCAGAUCACUGUGAAACCUUUCCCAUCUGCCUGCCCCAGCUCUGCUUGGCCCCUCUGUCCUGCCCUGCAAAAGAAACCGCGCACCAGCCAGCGGGACAGGGCAGGACAUGUGUCCCCACAUGGGACACUCUGAGUGUCCCCAAAUGGGACAUGCCAUGUGUCCCCAAAUGGGAUGCACCAUGUGCCCCCACACGGGAAGCAGUGAGUGUCCCCAUAUGGGAAAUGCCAUGUGUCCUCAGAUGGGAUGCACUGUGUGUCCCCAGAGAGGACGUGUUUUGUGUCCCCAAACAGGAUGCACUGAGCAUCUCCAAAUGGGACAUGCAGUGUGUCCUCAAAUGGGAUGCACCGUGUGUCCCCAAGUGGGAAGCACUGAGUGUCCCCAGAUAGGAUGCACGGUGUGUCCCCAGAGAGGACAUGCCACUUGUCCCCAGACAGGAUGUGCCAUAUGUCCCCAGACAGGACGUGCUGCCUGUCCCCAAACGGGACACACCGUGUGUCUCCUGACGGGACGUGCCACCUGUCCCCAGCCCUGUGUCCCCAGCAGGGCCGUGCCAAGUGCCAGGUGCUGUCAGCUCCUCGCUGGCUGUCCCCAGCCCCGGCCCCACCAGUGUUUGGGGGGACAGGAGCGGGCAGCAGGCCAGCCGGAGGGGCUGGGGAGGUGCUGAUAAGCGCUGGGGUUAAUUAAUGGUCAUUCUGCUUGUAGCUUUCUCAGUCAGUGUGUGUUUGGUUACUGUCUCUGGGAACCGUGUUUGAACAGAUGGCUCUGUGUUACCAGGAGUGUGUGUACUGCUGUAGUCUAGUUAGGUGCUCCGCGAGAAACCGCCACUAUACAGAACUAUAAAUAUAUACAUAUAUAGUCUAUUUUAAGUUAAAACCAACGACGAAGGGACGGCGCAGCCCCGGCCCCCUGCCCCACCAGCGCCGUGUCCGCCCCUUCCCACCCCGAAAGCUUCUCUCUGCUCAUUCAAAGGCUUUGGGUUUUUAAUUGGUUUAAUUUAAUUUAUUUUUCAUUUGUUCAUUUCUUUUUGUACAGAAGAGUUGGAAAACUUCAAAAACCAACAAAACGACAAUUUGUAAGAUAUUGUGCGUGUGACUCCUUGUAAAAUAUUUUCAAAUGGUUUAUUACAGAGACUCAGUUAUUAAAUAAUGUUCAUAUUUUCACUUCA